CAUUUCUAAGGAGAAGAUGUUGAUCACCCGAUUAUUAUAUUUUUUCUGUAUCCUGGUCUUUGUGGCUGCUGUCCAGGAUCUACAAAAUUCUACUAGCACUGUCACUACGAGUACAACUACUGCCAAGUAUUGUCAGCUAAGUGGCGGAUAUUGUCGAAUGCAUAUGGAUUGCUGCUCAAGAAGGUGUAUGCAAGUGCCCGCUGAAUGUCGUUAACCAAUUUUAAUAAAUAAUACAUUUUUA